AUGCUGGCAACGCUCGCGCGGAACAGCCUGUGGAAGCGCCAUGCGCUCGGCCGCUUCUGCAGCAGCAGCGUAGACGCGCCGACCAAGAUUAUCGUCGAGAAGCUCAAGCAUGCGUCUAAGGACGGCGACUGGAAGACGGCGCUCGGCACGUUCCAGCACUUUGUCUCGACCUUCCCGCAGGCCGUCGAGCCAUACCACGCCAAUCUGGUGCUGCGCGUCUGCGCCGCCCAAGGCCGCCAUCGCGAAGCCAAGAAAGUACUGCACACGAUGCAGCAGAUUGGGCUCAAGGAGCUCAACGCGGCCGCGCCUCCAGACGCGGAUACGCCCAGUAGCACAGCCGAUGCAAAUGCGACGCUCGAGUCCAAGGCGCUCAUGUGCAUCGCGCUCAUUGAGAACGGCAAGGGCCACGAUGCGCUGCAGACGUUGCACACGCAGGCCACGGAGGCGCUUGCGGCGACCUCCGACGAAGAGGCCACGCGUCGCGCCCUGAACGGCUUCGUGUACAAGCCCAUCAUCCAAGCACUCAAGAACAAGAACGACUGGAAGCUCACGCUCACGGUACUCCACCACAUGCAGGGCUUUGGCCUUCCGAUCUCGCUCCGAGGCUACCGCAUGCUCUUCUUGGCGCUCGCCAGCGGCCGCCAGAACGAAAAGCUCGUGGACGUAACCAACCAAGUGCUGCGUCUCCGCGGCGACGUUCUCGAUGUUGCGACGUACACAGUGCUCUUCAAGACACUGAGCGCCCUCGGCGAACACGAGGCCGUCGAGCGUGUCCUCGACCAGAUUGCAGCCACCAAGCCACGCGACUGGAUGCAAACGAGCACCGACGUCAACUUUUACAACGCGCUCAUUCGCGCCAAGAUGCUCUCGGGGGACAUGGACUACUGCCUCACGCGACUCAAGGAGAUGGAAGGACCCUUGGCGCCGGACGCGUUCCCGUAUACCACGUGCAUGCUCGGGUUCCUCAACACGGACAAGUCGUUUGUGAUCUUCAAGCUCUACAAGGACAUGCUCGCCCAGGGCAUCGCGCCCUCGAUUCUGACGCUGGCUCUCGUGCUGCGCGCGAUCAAGACGUCGCCCAAGCAGCGCAAGCUCAUCCCUGGGAUCAUAAGUACGCUGGAGACGACGCCGCUGGAGAAGGCCGACUUUGUGCACACGGUCAUUGACGCGCUCGAAGAGCUGAGAGAACGCGACGCGAGCCACGCCGUGUUUGAUCGCGCGAUGGACGAAAACAUGCUUGGCGAGUGGCGCAAGGCCAAGGCUGCCGUCGAAUUCGCGUUGCAUGCGAUUGCGGACCAGCCCAAGAGCGUUCUCAAGACAGAGCUCCAAGACCUCAAAAUCAUCACGGGCAAGGGCCGAGGCAGUCGCGAGUACAUGAAGCCAGUGCUCAAGCCCGAGAUUAUCACGAUGCUUCGCAAGCACUUUCGACUGAUUGCGUUUUCGCCCGCCCAAAACGAAGGGUCUCUAGUCGUCAAGAAGGCCAACUUGGAGGCGUAUAUCGAUACGUACCACGGCGAAUAAUAGCCGAAUAUCCCUAUUUUUGAACAAGCAAUAACUAGGAGCCAGAGGUUUUGUUGUACCCUUUCUAAAAGACAGCUCUCGAC